AUGUGCAUCCUUGAUGAACAACUUCUUGUCAAGCUUUUGGUGCUUGUCGCUGUUCCACUUCUUUUUGCCUCUUCUUCUUCCUCCUCCUCCACAUUCAUUCCUCCUUUGGAUGGGGCUCUACAAGUCUUCUUUGUUCAGUACGUCAUUUUGGCCAAAAUCGCACUAACUCCAUCGACGAAAAGGAAAGAGAAGGCGUCAAAGAAGCACGCGGGUUUCCUCCCCUUGCAAAUCGGUGAGAUUAGUGGAAGUAAGAUUUGGGUGAGAUGCGCAUCGCUUUCCACCUGCCGCCGUCUUCAUGGAACAGAGUUCCGACAGCCCUUUUACUCCUCAGGAGCAAGAAGGAAAUUGGACGCCAUUACUGGAGGAACUGGCAGGGUAAUUGAUGAAAAUGGUGAACCAUUCAAGGAACACAUUUUGCUCAAAGGUGUUGCUGUGCUAGUCCUCAUUUCACCCUCCACUUCUGACGCUCCUGACAAUUGUGCUCCUUUGGCCGUGACGAUCGCAGGUUCACAGGUUGCAAGAGCGUGGCAACUAGAUGAGAGCUUCGUCGCCCCUCUCUAG